CACAUUACGGUAAAUUUAUAGAUCCGUCGGAGUGUUGCUUGUUUGCAAACCCAAAGAGCACUGCAAUGUAAAUUUAUCCACAGAAUAACCGUACGGCAUACCGUAAACACCGCACAAGAGACGGAAAAAACACAACGAAAGUGACCCUCAGACACUUUUCAUCCCCUUCCUCAUCGAUUGAGACACCAAACUCCUCUCUCCCUCUGCUGAGGGAGCACCUGCUGUCUGUACUUCUGCUGCCCGGCACACCAAAGCAGACUGUUGAAAUGGCUGCUAAACCUCAUCCGCCUCUAAUGAAGAAACACAGUCAGACCGAUCUCGUGAGCCGCCUCAAGACACGCAAGAUCCUGGGCGUCGGUGGAGAGGAUGAUGAUGGAGAGGUGCACAGAUCAAAGAUCAGUCAGAUGCUGGGGAAUGAGAUUAAGUUUGCAGUUCGGGAGCCUGUGGGACUGAGGUUAUGGAUUCUGUUCUCCGCAGUGGUUUUCACAGUCAUGGCCCUUAUGGCACUAGUAUUUCCUAACCAACUGUAUGAGGUUGUAUUCGAUCAAGAGCAAACAGCCACCAGUGUCUCUAUACGUCUGUAUGGAGGGGCCAUUCUCAGUCUGUCUCUGAUCAUGUGGAAUGGCUUGUACACUCCUGAGAAGGUUAUCAUCCAGUGGACAUUACUAAGCGAGGCUUGUUACUUUGCCAUCCAGUUUUUAGUCACCUCCAUAACUCUAGUGGAACUUGGCUCCCUUCCGAAUGCUGCCAUCCUCCUCCUCCUCAGUCGCAUAUUCUUCCUCACUGUCACGCUGUCCUACUAUUACCAUCUGGGACGCCGGACCAAGAAAAUCUGAGAGACCCGCACACACCAGUACAAGACACCUGGUGCUCGGGAGUUGAGCGACGUGCUGCUGGACUGGAGUUCACAUCAAAAGCUUGAACAGUUCACAACAUCAACCUGUUCACCUGGCGUUAUGCCUUACAGCAAGGAUAAUGCCAAAACCCAUGCCUUUGUUUUAAUUUGAAGCUUAUUCAUCACACAGGAGUACGCCUUGACAAAGCAACAUUUUUUUUUUUUAUGGGAAACGCUUACAUAGUUAUACAGUGAAUUCCAUUUUACUUCUGGAUUGUGCAGUCACUGUGUAGGUCUCUUCAUUCAGUGUUUGUUGGGUGAAGUAUUGCACACUGUAGCCGAGUUUGAAAUGCUGUCUGUAGCUAUUGUAUUAAUAAAACUGUAAACCUUUUCUUGUAAUAAUGCAAAUGACUUCCCGGUCCUAGUCAUGUGAUGUGUGUGAGGGUGGCUAGCAAACACUAGAAUGUGUUUUUUAAUUGGAAAAAGUCAUUCAGUAUUUGAGUAGUUAAUACAUUGCCUCUUGCAUUUACUACAGUAUACUAGAAUCAUAACUGGUCGAUGAAUCUGUAUUUCUGUAGAUGAAACCGUACACAGCUACAGGCUCACUGUCUUUCAGUUAGAAGUUCGAGUAUGACAUUGGUUAUAGAAACCUCAUAUAUGUAUACUUUAUUAAUGACAGACACAAGGGGUUCAGAAACUUUAUCAAAACAGUCAUUUUUUCUAAUCAUCUAAUCAUUCAAGUUGUAUAUAACACGUUUCUUUUCUGUGUAAAUUGUCUUUGUUUAUGAUUCCAGAUGAACGGGGAACCCCUUCUCUUUAGUAAUGCCACAAAACAUGGUUGUGUAGCACAAAUGCAUGUCAAAUUAAUUUUACCAAGCAAUGUAGCAGUAUUUCCCCUAAUACUGCCUUAAUACUCUAAACUGCACAAUUAUUCCACUUGUCAGCACACUGCCUGUCGUUUGUAUUUUUGUCUAGAUAAAUCAAAAGAAGUGUAGAUAUUUUUGUGGAUUGACAGCUUUUCCAGUUGCUUAUUUAUUGGCCUGUCCGAACGUCUUGGCACAAGUUAGUUUUCUUAUACUUAGGUUUGUGAUAUCACUUGCACGGUUAUUGUCUGAGCUAUUUUAGUCAAGAAAAAUGCAGCAGAAUAAUGAAAUAAUCUUGUCUCCCCUUUAUGAAAUAUGUUUGAGGUCCGUUGAGAGAACAGGCAAAAAAUGUAAAGUGUAAAGUAAUGUAAGUGUAAAGUGUAUAUAAACAUCUGUGGCCAUGGUAUUUAUGAUGUUUUUUAAGUGUCCAUUACCUCAACAUUGGUCAACCCCCACAAAAAUAUACAGUAAUGGGAUUUGACUUAAGCUCUUCAUCUCAUAUUCAGUUUUGUAUUCUCACUAAAACCAUGGAUUGCUCAAACAUCUGCAAUACAUGGCUCCAAAAUAGGUAAUAAAAUAUUAAAAGGUCUGUCCAUGUAGAGACUUAAACAGUUUCUUUUAUAAGAGCGUGGUGUAACUUUGAUUUUCCUACCAUGUUGUUUUUACACGUUAACACAUUCAUUAUUCAGCAGUACCAAUCUGAUCUCGGACAAAAAUGAUAACCUUCCAUAUGUUUGCAGGUCUUUUCAUCUAUAAAUUAGUAAACGUUUAUUUGAGAUCCAAAUCUAUCCUAAGCAGUUAUUGAGAAUAAUAACUGAUCUUUUCAUAACCUCUCAUUGUAAAGGAAACUCUUAACACUUGGCCAGCUAAUGAGCAUGAAGGUAAAUGCCAAACAUGAAUCAUCCAGCAUUCACGUCAUCUCCUCUUGAGAAUUGUGUUGCCAUGCAAUAAGAAAGAACUAUCCAGUUAGAUCAUGUUUUCAGCUGUCUGCAGAGGACAUGCAUAGUCACUAAAGGGAUGUUAUUGUACUUUUUAAACAUGUUUGUAAAUAUUUUACGAAGAGAUGUUAUUGUUAUGGACCUGCAUUGUUAUCUUUUUGGAAUAAAUAAUGAACAUUUAUGUUGUAAUUUAUGCUUGAAUAAGGAAUAACAGGGUGAUGGUUUUAGCUUUUUUGUUAUUUAAAUGUGUUGACUUCAGGAUCGCUUAAAAUUGUAAACACUGGGUUAACUAACCCUAAACAAUAUUCUGGGUUUUCACGCUGUUCAGUCUUUAUCCUCGGUUGAUAAUAAUACUGGGUAGGCCUAUCUAUAUUUUAUGAUUAUAAAUAAACUACGUUUGAAAACACUGUACAUUUAUUGUUAACGUG